AUGGAGAACUACUCGAUGUGGGGUAAUUUCAGCCAAGUCCUGUCGGAGCUGGAGGCAGCGCGCGGUGAUGAAGAUGAGGAUGAGGAGGAUGGGGAGGAGGGUGCGCGCGGCCGCGGGCUGCGCGUGCUCCUCGGCUGCGCGCUCUCGCUCCUCAUCGUGUCCACGCUGCUCGGGAACGCGCUCGUCUGCGCCGCCGUCAUCAAGUUCCGCCACCUGCGCUCCAAGGUGACCAACCUGUUCGUGAUCUCUCUGGCCGUGUCGGACCUGCUGGUGGCGGCGCUGGUGAUGCCGUGGGCGGCCGUCACCGAGGUCACGGACGCCUGGCUGUUCGGCGGCUUCUGCGACGUGUGGAUCACCUUCGACAUCAUGUGCUCCACAGCCUCCAUCCUCAACCUGUGCAUCAUCAGCCUGGACCGCUACUGGGCCAUCAGCAGCCCCUUCAGGUACGAGCAGAGGAUGACGCCCCGCGUGGCCUUCGUGAUGAUCGGCGUGGCCUGGACGCUGUCCGUCCUCAUCUCCUUCAUCCCGGUGCAGCUCAACUGGCACCGCGCCGAGGACGAGGAGGCGGUGCUGGAGGCGGUUCUGGACCCCCAGAACCAGACCUGGACCAACGCUAGCGCCACGGCCACCGCGGCGGACGUUAGCUGCGUGGCCAACCUCAACCGCACCUACGCCAUCUCCUCCUCCCUCAUCAGCUUCUACAUCCCCGUCCUCAUCAUGGUGGCCACCUACACCCGCAUCUACCGCAUCGCCCAGACGCAGAUCCGCCGCAUCGCCUCGCUGGAGCGGGCGGCGGAGCAGAACCCGGGUCCCGGCCAGAACCGGAGCCGGCACCGGCCCAACGACGAGACCAACCUCAAGUCCUCGUUCAGGAAGGAGACCAAGGUGCUGAAGACGCUGUCCAUCAUCAUGGGCGUGUUCGUGUUCUGCUGGCUGCCGUUCUUCGUGCUCAACUGCGCGGUUCCGUUCUGCGACCCGCCGUGCGUCAGCGACGCCGCCUUCGCCGUGUUCGUGUGGUUCGGCUGGGCCAACUCCUCGCUCAACCCCGUCAUCUACGCCUUCAACGCCGACUUCCGCCGCGCCUUCGCCUCCAUCCUGGGCUGCGGCCGCGCCUGCGCCGGCACCAACGCGGUGGAGGCGGUGAACUUCAGCGACGAGCUGGUGUCGUACCACCACGACACCACGCUGCACAAGGAGGCGCCGGUCCUGCCGCAGGAGAAUCCUCGCACCGGCUCCGACCGGCUGGAGGACGUUAGCGCUGACGUUAGCGCUCGGUUCGACGAGGAGUCCUUCAUCUCCGACAUUUCUCCGAGCCGCAGGCAAAAACUCGCAGAGGACGACGCGGAAAUCUCCCUGGAAACCAUCACGCCCAUCACCUCAGCGGUGGAGAACCACGCCCCGAUACCGGGACUGGUCCACCAUGAUGGACAGGACGGAGACUGA